CUUAAUUUCAACCAAUGGGAUAGCAACCACCACCGGAAGAUCGCGGAGAAAUCGAGUUUCGAGCUUCCUCUCGUCAGUAUUCAUAAUAAUGGCUUCCCAGACCAGAAGAACAACUCUUCAUCUUUCCAUUUUGAUAUUUCUGUUUGUUGGAGUACCGGUAUUUGGGUUUACACCAGAUUGGGACUACAUCACUUUCAGUCAGGGAUGGCCACAGACAAGAUGCAUUGAACAAAAUGUGACGGGAGAGCAUGAGUGUGCCAUUCCCAAGAAUGUGAACACUUGGAUCAUCCAUGGAGUGUGGCCCUCCAAGAGUGGGACACCCAAAGGGCCAGAAAAUUGCAAUCAAUCUUAUCCUUUCAAUCCAAGUGAGAUCCAGGACUUACUUCCACGAAUGAAAAUCUCGUGGCCGAACCUUUUCACGGACUCCAAGGUUGACUCCUUUUGGGAGCAUGAAUGGACAACCCAUGGAACUUGUGCCACAAAUGUAGCAGAAAUGAGUAAUGAGCACAAAUACUUCAACAAAGGUCUUCAGCUUGGUUCUAAGUAUAAUCUUCUCAAUUUGCUGCAAGUUGGUGGUGUUUCGCCUGACGACCAACCAUAUAAGCUUCAGACUAUUGUGAGUGUAAUCGAGAAGCAACUGCAAGUGUCUGUGAGGGCACAGUGCUUUUGGAAUAAGUAUGAACAUAAACUCUACAUUGGCGAGAUACAUGUCUGUCUCAGUAAGAAUUUUAUGCUCAUUGAUUGUCCAUCUGAUGAGUACCUGAGAUUUGAGGAAUGCUCUUUUAAGGAAGACAUCUUCUACCCGGAGAUAGUUCAUUAGGUCCAAGCAAGAAAAUGAGAAGUCAUCUGAUCCUCAAUCUGUGAUGCUGCUGCACUUCAUUUUGGAUAAUUCAGCUCUACAAAAUAUUUUUGCUCUUUUAGCCAUUUAAUUACUAUGUGGCUGGCAAACACAGUUCACCCAGCCUGAUAUCUCCCAUUUUGAACUGUAAUCAGAGGUACUCUGCGCCGUUAGUAGCCUCCCCUUAUACCUCUGAUGAAGUACAUGUGAUUUCAUUCAAGACAGGCUGAACCUUAAAAAUAAAGCCGACAAAAAAAUGGCCACAAUUCCAAAUUCCAUGUACAUGUAUUUCAUGGUAAAAUGUAACAAAUAUCAGAAAGUAGAAGUUACAAGCUUUCUUUUAACACCUACAUUGCCAGCCUAUUAGCACGAGUGACUGAGUACCAUUGUCUCGAAAACCAUAGGCAGAUUACAGAAUUGUUAUUUUUGGGCCGGUUUCGUUUUUAAGGUUCAUCCUGUAUACCGCAUGCCUCUGUUCACAGAAAACCUCACGAAAAUUGAUCUUAUCUUUGUAUGUAUUGUACACCGUAUGUGUAAGGUGUACAAACCAACAUAUGGUGGACCCUUUCUUCGAAUACAUAUACACCACUUUCCGUGGCCACUGCGCUGCUUACAGUCCUAAUCACAAAUGACAUCCAUCCCGCUUCGCGUCAUUGACAUACAACGUACACUCGAGUUGUGCGUCAAUGACGCACCAGUGAUGACGCACCAGUGACACGCUUAUCUCUAUGUUUCGUGUAAAUUACGUGCGACCUAUGUGAGAAUUACGCUCUCAGUAGCAUGUCGAUGAUGCGAAUUUAGGGGUGACAAUUGUGAUUUGGACUGUAUAUGUAACGUAUUUGAGAACAGCUCCAUAUGGUUUACCCUUAUAAUCUUCUUCGGUCGCUGCAUAAGUGUAAUGUAAAAUAUAUUGUUGUUUUUGAAUGAGACUUAAAAAUGCUAAAGUUGCCAAGAUUGUUUGACUUGGCGAUUGAUAGCAAUGGUUUAGCUUUGUGUACUGCCAUGCUCUAUGAAAGGACGUACGUAGCAGUUACGUAAGUGCAUGCUGUAUUCUUAGCUUCAUCAACAGUUGGUGUGAGGGAGUCUGGGUUGGCGUGGUGGUGUCCAAAUCUUAAGGGUCAAGAUGGAUCUCUUCUGUUCCGGCUCCUGCUGUGGAGACAUGACCACCAUUGAAUAUUCAUAGGUUGGAGGUUCCAGACCUAUCAAUUAGACGCGUGCAUGUUUUUAACUAUCAAGUACAUAUUUGGAGAGGUAUUGAAAAGAUAUUUGGUGUGGCCAGUCUAUAGAUAUAAAGAAAUUAUUUGAUGAAAAAAUUAAAUUUGAUUGAAUUUUGCUAAUUUGGCAAUAGGGGCAGUGUUUUGAGCUUUUUCUGCCAGUUGGCUGAAAAGAGUGGAAAUAUCAAUGUUUAUCCAAUUUGUCGAUUAUCAAAAAAUUUCCGUGGUCAACUACCAGUUUACUUUUCACCAUUUACUUGUCCGACUGUCCGGAAUAUCGUAUCAAAAUUUCAGAUUCACAACCCCGCGCAGUAUUUGAUGCGUCGCGGUCAAACAUUGACAAUUUAUCUGCUAAAAGGCUUAAAAAAUCAAUGGUGGUCUUGUCUCUGUGAAUGAUGUUUGCCACUGAGUACGUACACAGUCUUGAGUGUAGGUGACACUUACAAUUCUUUGGGGGUUUUCACUGAAAUGUGAAGGUUUUUUUUCUGAGAUUAUUUAAUUUGAAACCCAAAUUCUUAUGCAGUAAAGUUAACUACUCAUUUAGCAGGGCUAAUUUAUUGCCAAAGUUUUAUUCAUUUGUACUUAUCAUGACCUGCAUUGACAUUUUCAAUCGGACUAUGUUGGAUGUUAAAACUGCCAGAAAAAUCGAUACCUUUCCUAGAAUUGGUUGGGUAAAACAUUUUAAUCAUAAAACAUUCUCAAAAAGGCUGAAGAUAUUGAAAAUAGAAGCUUGUCCAAUUUUGUUAUCACCAAACACGUGAUCAUUUACUUGUAAGUCAUUACAGAAUAUGCCUGUUUAUAAGAGGUUUAUUCAAGAGUAUAUUAAACUGGAUAAUAACUGAAUCACAUGCUUAAUUUCAGGAAAUUCCUAAAUCUUGAAAAACACAGCUGCACAUUUUUUUUCGGUCUACAUGUACAGUAAAGCUGAUUACUAGAUUUACUAUACUGUGAUAUUUGCUCAGGCUGAUAUAUCAUACAUUCCAUGUUUUAACUUCAGGACAAACAUGAAAAGCUAUUGCAAUUAUGCUAUUUGCCAUGCUGAUCUACCGUCGUUGUGCGUAUAUCCAUCCUUCACCCCCGAUAAACUCCCCCCUGAUCGGCCGUCAGAAGGGCUGUUACUUUAUCGUUACUGAGAUCUUACCCCAGGAACGGGUAAUUCUGGUAAGAUCUCAGGAAAACCUCUUUACAAAGGAAACCAAAAAACUGAGACCGGGCAAUAUCCUGGUGACCCCGGAACCUGGAAUUGGCCUGGUCAGGGAUAUUGUUGAUGGUCCUGCCUUGAAGUGUACUUUCCAACAACAGAGGUGUCGACAGUGUAAGAUAUAACGCAACGAAGUGAUUCGUGUGAUAGUUACUGUAUUACUGAAGACUACAAAUAGGUAACAAACUCACCAGCUACACAUUCAUACAUAUUCAUGAAACCACUCGGCAUUCCUCGUCAGGUAGCAUACAUAACAUCUUUCCUUCUAAAGUGUUCUUUUACCAAUGAAGCACUGACUAAUACAUAAACUUCUAACCUAAAUCUAAGUAUAACUCACAAACCAAAUAAAAUGGAACUUCCACGAAUUUGCA